CGGCAGAUAACUUGUCUCGUCCGGCAGUCAGUACGCCGCGACGGACGUGUGUUGGACCGAGGCGCGGGUCUCGUCGUGAGCUGGAACCGGUCGGCUUCGUCCCUCAAAUUUUGAAGCGCAGCGGUCCGCCAGCUGAGGCGUACUGCUCAGCGCCGGAUCCCGCGGCGCGGCGCUCAGACGUGCGCCUCCUCGGAAGAGUCCUGCGGUGGUCGGCGGCGGUCCGACCCAUGCAGGUCCUACAACGGCCGCAGAAGCAGGCGGCGAGCACGGGCCUGCGAAGUCGGCCGUCGAACGGCGCCAUGGCGCCGCCGCGGCAGUACCUUCCAUUGAACCCGGCCUACCCCGGCCUGACGGCCGUGCACACGGACCCGCCCGUCUUCACGGUGGCCAUUUUUUUGUCAGAGGCGGAAUGCGACGACCUCAUCAAUUCCGCCCAAGGUCACAUGACGCCCGCGCCCGUGGUGGGUGCCGGCAACGGCGAGGUAAGUGUAUCAAGAACAUCCUCGACCUGCUACCUCGCGCGGGAAGAUUUACCGACGAUCUGCACGAAAGUCUGCGCGCUUACUGGUUGCCCGGUCGAGCACCUCGAACUUCCACAAGUCGGCCGCUACCGCGGCGGCGAGUUCUACAAGGCCCACUACGACGCCUUCGACACCUCGUCCCCGGACGGUAGAAGGUUCGCGCAGAACGGCGGGCAAAGAGUGGCUACCGUGUUGGUCUACCUCAAUGAUGUCGCGCGGGGUGGCUGCACGUCGUUCAGCAAGCUGGGCCUCUCGAUCCAACCCAAGAAGGGCACGGCCCUCGUCUUCUUCCCGGCGUCGCUCGACGGCAUGUUGGACCAGCACUACCUGCACGCGGCGGAGCCGGCGCUCGACCUCAAGUGGGUCUCGCAGAUCUGGAUCCGGCAGAAGGCGUACAACGGCCUCGCGUCCGUGCGCAUCGCGCCCAUCUGAGACAUCGGUGCCCGCACGCGGCGGGGGCCUUCUCCUAGUCCUGGGGGAUAAGUUGCCAGGAGCAUGAA